CCCCCCUUCCCCACAACCACCUCUUAAACAGCUGAUCCUGCAGGAACCACGUGCCCUCCGUCCUCAUUGGCGGGAGCCCUCAAAAAACGGGCACCCGGCACACGCUGAUUGGUGGGCUGUGGCACACAUGCACCCUGCUGCUAGGAGUAGGGUCUUGGCUCCCAUUCCAAGGGCUUCUAGCACCUAGGGCUGUGAGGGUUGUGGAGUCUGCUCUGUUGAGAAAUGAGCUCGUCUGACGAUGAUGAGGGGCUGACUUCACUGGACUGGCCGCCCUCCGACCUGGAGCCCUCCGACCUGUCCUCGGACAAGUUCCAGGAGACACCGCACAUGAAGGUGGGCAUCUUCUGCAAAGAAGGAGGCCAGCUCAAGUCCGGGGGCUUGGAUGCUUCUGGAGGCAGGCCCCGACAGGCUGCCCUCAGCAGGGGGGGCACUUACCUGUGCUCCAUUCAACACGCAAUAGCUGCCACCAUGCAGAGGCAGUUCACAAGAGAGUUCAACAUCUCUUCUUCCAACAAGCCAUCUAAGAAAGUGCCGAGCGUGGGCAGCGGGAAUCGAGGGGGCAGGCCCGGCCACCUGCCCCAGGUCACCCCAUGGAAGAAGGGCCCUCAGGAGAAAUCGCCGGGUGGCGCCAUCUCCAAAGUCGUCCUGGGGAGAAAGCCCCAGGCCUGCCUCUCAGGGGGUCCCCUGGCACUAGACAGCUUCCCUCCCAUCUUGGGCCUGCCAGUCCUUGGAAGAACUAAGUAUUCCUUGGUUCCUCCGGGGGCCAGACAGCCCAAGCAAAACACCGGGAAGCCACCAGGGGCCAGCAGGACCAGGGACUCCGACUGGGAUGGCCCAAGGAGAUGGCAACCGAGGCAAAGAGCCUGUCCCAAAGCGCCAACUAUCUUGCCCAUCCAAACAUCAUGGAGGAUACAACACUCGGGACCUGGAUACCAAGACCUCUCAAGUUCCAGGAAAUUCACUGCUUUUGGCCAUGGCACAGGGAAGUGUCAAGCCCAGAGCAUCCCCACCUUCAGUUUUCUGGAGGCCACUUCGUCUGUCCCGAGAGGAAAUGAAGCAGCCACCACCUGGAGCACACAACUGCCCUCAAUGUCCUGUGCUGGAGAGAGAAAUUGACAACCUUAAAGAUCAACUUGUGGUCUUGCAGCGCUUCAUUGACAAGUUCCAGACCCUUUGAAGUGAGUGAGACAUGUUCUCUCCUUGCCCAAUCUUCGUGUGAGUGGGCUGGGAGCUCCACCGUGACUCUGCUCCCUUUCACAGGCUGAACACAGCAUCCCCCACAUGAAAGCAGCUGGUGCUUCUUGAAUCCAGAAGCUCCACACUGGGUCCCUUGUUCUCCUUGCCCACUUCUCAUCAGAAGGCCCUGCCCUGCUGCCCUACCAGGGUGUCCCUCUUUCCUGAGGGUUAGCACAGCUUUUGCCCCUCAUUUGCUGCAGUUUUGAAUUAAAGUACUUGACAGA